GCUUGGAGGAGGACCUUAAACUCUAGUUGCAAACACAACCUCAUGAAAUGCUGAACAGAGACCCUCUCCAUAUCGCACCUGGACUUCUGAUCCACAGAUCUGUCCUUCUUCCUGGACACCUAUGACGCUGCUCCAGGUCUUGGUCUACUGGUUUCUAGAGAAGCCAAUCAGCGCCACCGCGGUUCCCUGUUAUGAAGUUCUCAGACUAGUCCGAACUCACAUUCGCCCCAGAUCCCAAGGAUGCAGGUCACCGAGCCGCGAACCCUGCUCCUGCUGCUCUCGGGGUCCCUAGCCCUGACCGAGACCUGGGCGGGUCACAUUCACCUCGGACAUGGGGACCCGCGCCCGAAGGAGCGUCGGGCCGGGUGGCAGCCCCUCCCGGUCCCGGGGGUCCACUCCUUGAGGUACUUCCACAUUUUGGUAUCGCGUCCUGUCCUCGGGAGGGACCUUUAUCAAUCUGUCAGUUACCUGGACGACACUCAGUUCGUAAGAUACAACAGCGACGCCGCGAAUCCGAGGGUGGAGCCGCGGGCGCCGUGGAUUGAGCAGGAGGGGCUGGAGUACUGGGACCGGCACACCAGCAUAGCCACAGAACAUUUGCAGGCUUCGCGGUCGAACCUGCAGGUCAUCGUUGGCAACCACAACCACAGCGAGUUGGUUCCUCCAAAGACCCAUGUGACCCGACACCCCAUCUCUGACCAUGAGGUCACCUUGAGGUGCUGGGCCCUGGGCUUCUACCGUGCGGAGAUCUCACUGAUCUGGCAGCGUGACGGGGAGGACCAGACUCAGGACAUGGAGCUUGUGGAGACCAGGCCUUCAGGGGAUGGAACCUUCCAGAAGUGGGCAGCCCUGGUGGUGCCUUCUGGAGAGGAGCAGAGAUACACAUGCCAUGUGCAGCACGAAGGGCUUCAGGAGCCCCUCACCCUGAGAUGGGAACCUCCUCAGCCCUCCAUCCCCAUCAUGGGCAUCAUUGUUAGCCUGGUUCUCCUCAUGUUGGCAGUGGUUGCUGGAGCUGUGAUCUGGAGGAAGAAACACUCAGAUGGAGAUGGAGGGAGUUAUACUCAGACUGCAAGAGAAGACAGUAUCUGAGGCCCUAAUGUAUCUCUCAUGGCUCCUAAAGGUGAGACUCCGGAGGGCCUGUAGUGGGAGAGGGGCUGGGUUAUGGGGAUGCUCUGGAUUUGAAUAUUUUGAGUAGUGGAAAUUUGUUCAGAAUGCCCCCACCUAUGAUGACUGACCUGAAUUUGUUCUUGAUUAUUUUCUUCUAUGGUGUGAGACUGAUGGCUUAUGUGGAACUGAGCAAAGAAAGCUGUGUUCACGCCCCUACUCUAUGACUUCAGAACCCAGACUUCUCUUUUCAUAGAGGUGUCUGAAUGUGUCUGUGUUCUUGUACUGUAAUGUAAGAAAGAGAGGAGGCUGACCCACCCCUGCCCACAAUGGCCUCCAUUUCUUCCCCCCACCAUUGUGUGAUGGUAUCAUAGGUGUCUGUAUAUUAUUGUAUUAUUUAUUUACAUAUGUGCAGUUCUUUGUUGUAUAUCAGUGCUACCGCAAAAAAAUAUCAUUUUGAAAAACAUACUUUGAAAGUGGCUGAGUGGUCCCUAAUUUAGCCAUUGCCUUUUGAGAUCAUAUGUUAGAUUGACAAAGUCCUUGUAAUUUUUAUGUAUUUUAUUUUUAAAGUAAAUGAUCCACUCUACUUCCUGAUCAGCUAUAAUGUUAACUUUGAACUUCCCUGUGGUCCAGUGGUUAAGACUCUGUGCUUCCACUGCAGGGGGCAUGGGUUCCAUCACUGGUCAGGGAUGUUCCACAUGCUGCAGUGUGGCCCCACCCGGAAAAAAAGAGAUAUAAUGUUAACUUGAAAUCUUAGUUUGAAUAGUUCAACUUUCAGCUAAUUAUGUGCAAUCUUAUCUGACAGAAGUUGUGUGUGUACAGUGAAGCUUAGAGAAUAUCAACAAAAAGUGGAUGCAAAUCUUCAGUUCUUAAAUUACAGACAAAAAGGAAAGUCUAUAAAUCACAAGUCUUGCUGUUCUUUUCUGCUAGAUCAGCUCAAGAUAGACAAAUUGACACCUGGGUGUGGUUUCCGUGUGUAUAUGGUUUCACCUCUUCUUUAUAAAUAGCAGGAAGCACAAUUAAUGGAUUGUAUAAGCAUAUGUUUAGUUUUGUAAGAAACCGCCAAACUCUCUUCCAAAGUGACUGUAUCAUUUUGCAUUCCCAUCAGCAAUGAAUGAGAUUUCUUUAUUCUCUGUAUUUUAUUGGCAUUUGGUGUUUCAGUGUUCUCCUUUUUGGCUGUCCAAAUAGCUAUGUUGUAGUACUCUUGUUGUUUUAAUUUGCACUUUUCUGAUGACAUAUGGUGUGGAGCAUCUUUUCAUGUACUGUUCUGCCAUCUGUAUGUCUUCUUUCAUAAGGUAUCAGUUAAGGUUAUUGGCCCAUUUUUUAACCAAGUUUUUUCUUAUUGUUGAACUUUAAGUUCUUUGUAUAUUUUAGAUAACAGUGCUUUGUCAGUUAUGCAUUUUGUAGGUAUUUUCUCCUAGUCUAUGGCUUGUCUUUUCAUUCUCUUAAGCAUUGCUAGAUUUAAUAUUUAAAUGUAUAAUUUAAAAAUAUAAUAGUACAGCAAAACUGUUUAUAAAAUACCUCUUCAAUAGAAAACUGUACUUAGAAAGUUUUCUCACUUUAUACCAAAUCUGUAAUUGGAAAAGUACUUUUAUUUCAUAUAUGAAUAAAAAAUUUUUUUGAAUAAAAA